GGGAGUUAUAACUUUGUUUUAAACACCUAAAUUUAGAUUUUCAUAUACGUAUAGCAUGAACACACGGAGGAAAUUACUCCAAGCCAAGGAUAGCGUUCCUUCAACAAAAUGGCACCUCAUGAAUGAAGAGUAUCAUAUUAUAUUUCUUCCAGAAUGGCGUGAGCAUGUUGAGUACUGGUAUAACAUGGGUGCGACGGGUCAGCAGCGCGAACUUUUUCGUCUUAUCUGUUCCGAAAUAUAUGUCCAGGAUGAAACCAAACCGGACCCUACGUACUCCACGCAGUACACAGCCACCAAAUGCAAAGAAGAGGCAAAUCUUCUUAUAAAAUACUAUGGCAAGGUGCUAACUAAGCUAGGCAAAGACCGUGCGCGUGUUUGGAUUCUUCAUGUUGCCCGUAAUGGCUGGCGCCGGUGUACGGACUUUAGAGACGUAUUUACUGGAUGCCAAACUAUUUUUGAAAAUAAGAGUGUUCUACAUGCAGAUUAUUUGCCCCCAGAGCCCCAAUGCUACCCGACGGAUCGUUCGAACUUCAAAAAGUCAACGGAGUUGAUGAUCUUGAAGUCGCAGUCCUCCACGCAGGCGACACCAGUAGCGUUGAGCGAGACCGAAAAAUUUGAUAAAAUGUUGAUGGAGAAGCGUCCGACUUACAUUGUAAAUGCUUGCGCGGAGCCCAAGACUCGCUUUACCAAACCCAAGAAUCAAUUCGAUGGAUUUAACAUAGUGAAGACGCUGGGCUACAGUGAUGAGUCGCCAGAAAAGACGAUAGAGCAGCUCAAGGCAAAGCAGGCUGCGUUUCAGGAAAGCGAAACGUACUGUGUAGAUAAGGAUGGAAGUACCAUUUACAAGGCCGAGCCAGUGACCAGCACACGGCAAAGAAUGGCGGCGACGGGCAACGGCCGUAUUUUAGAUUGCGCUACGAGUGAUCCCAUUGCUCAGUGGAGGGUCAAAAUAUGUGAUUAAUGCACUCGAAUAUGUGUACUGCAAGAUGGGGAAGGAAAAGGAACAAUCCACUCCCUGUUACAAAAAAAAGAACUGGAUGUAAAGUAGACUACAAGCGCUUUCUUUAUGAUUAAGCUCUUGCGCAUCU